GAAAUGUCGGCACUAAUAAAUAAUUAUUUUCCGUUUUUUAGAAGCAGGAUUGUACAAAUUUUAAAAAUGUCUGGAAAAUCUUCGAUCGAGCAAGUUAAAGCAAAUGCCAAUUUGGCGAAAAACACUAUUGAGGAGUUAAAAAAUGAGUUGAAAAUAAUUAACAACGAAUAUAACAACAUAUUGGCCAGAGAAUUAUUGGAGGAAAAUGCUCGGCUCAUUCAAGCUGUUGAAGAAGCCAAAAAGCAUCUCGUCAAUUUGGAAGUUAAAAAAGGGAUCAAGCAAAUUCCUGUGCCUACACUGGACAGCAACAUUGUUCUCUCUACACCAUCAAGUAUAGACACACAAACUCAAUGUGAAGAUGUGAAAAUUAAAGAACAAAAACCCAAAAAGGAGAAAAAAGCUAAGGAACCAAAAGAAGCGCCUCAAGAAUUGCCCAUUGAUAUUGGAAGACUUGAUUUGAGAAUUGGGAAAGUCGAGGAUGUGCAAAGGCAUCCCGAUGCAGAUUCUCUAUAUGUUUUGAAAAUCAAUUGUGGUGAAGAAAAACCGAGGACUGUUUGCUCUGGACUUGUCAAACAUGUACCAAUCGAGGAACUUAGAGACAGGGCUGUAAUUUUGCUGUGCAACCUGAAACCUGUUAAGAUGCGUGGAAUAACUUCUGAAGCCAUGGUGAUGUGUGCAAGUAGUGAACAAGGCGUAGAAGUACUUUGCCCACCAAGUGGCUCUCAACCAGGCGAUUUGCUUGAAUGUGAUGGUUACACUAGGCAACCUGAUCCUGUAAUGAACCCCAAGAAGAAAAUAUUUGAGACUGUGGCCCCAGACUUGCACACCAAUGAUUUGCUUCAAGCUUGUUACAAAGGUGUGCCAUGGAAGGUUAUGGAUAAAGGAUUUUGCGUUGCCAAAACAUUGAAAAAUGUCCCAGUUAAAUAAAAUUAUUUAGUUUUG